UUACAAUUUACCAAUUGUAAGCAGCGGACGCGAACGCGCAACGGCCUCACACCGAAUAAAGCUCAUAUAGCUAAGAGCCCAUAACGGUUCUUCAGGAGCAACCUUCUAAUACAAAGCGUCCGCGUCAACGGCAACGGCAGCGCCACCGUCAGCGUUAGCGUCAGCGUCAGCGUCGACGUCAGCGCAUACGACUUGUAAAUAAAGAAAAACUCGCAUAUAAAAUCUGUUGCAUCAUUGCUGAAACACUUCAGUCGCUGAAUCGCGUGCGUGGAGGCAACACUUUGCGCGACAAUAACAACAACAACAACAACAACAAAACAAAGUGCAAUAACAGCAACAACAGUUCAAGAAACAGUGCGCGCAGCUGCAGUGAUCACUUAAAGCGGCUUCUAAAACAUAAAAAACAAACAUCGAAAUUUGUAAUGAAAUAUGAGAAAAAGUGCUAUGCUCAAAGAAAAACGCAUUAAGAAGUGACUUCAAAUUAAAUACAGUGAUGUUUUACAAAAAAAUGUAAAAAAUUUCAAAGUAAACUUUUAUAAUUUUUAACUGGAAACAAAUUAAAAAAAUUACUGCAAACAUUUCCAAAGAACAUUUUACCCCAAGAUAAAAAUAAAAUAUAAAAUGAUUUAGCGCCAGCUCAAGGCAUAUUUAGCAAAGAUUUAUUCAGCACCAACCCACCCCUCGGUCCCUUUGCAAAUUGGAUCCUAAAAGAAAAGGCAUCAAAAUUUUACCCUCAUUCGCCCAACUCAAAAUGCUGAAUAUGGAAUCGCCUCAGAUGUACGCGGAUGCGGUGCAAACGUUGGCGCAGCUCGACCUGAAGAAACAGCCGCAGCCGCUGCCGCUGCCGCAGCAGGCGACAAUCGGGCAAAUCACGCUGACGGCGAUGUCCAGUGCACAGCAGCAGCAGCAGCAACAACAGCAACAACAGCAGCAGCAGCAACAGCAGCAGCAACAGGUGACAACGGAUGCCAACAACAAUGCCACAAUUCAGGACGCGGCCUUGCUGGUCAAGCAGCACGCCAUGCAGCAGAUGCAACUGAACAAUAACAACAACAACAACAACAACAACAGCAACAGCUUGCUGCAGAAGCAAAUGCUGCAACAGUACGGCACUCAGACGGAUCUGGACGAGCUGACCACUCAGGAGAUAACACUGGACUUGCAGCACCUUAUCGAUGACCAAUUCCGGGACACGGAGACCCUGGGCAUCUUCAGCGACAUGGUGACCAGUCCGGGCGGACUGUCCGCCACGUUGCCGCCGAGUGGCAUGGUCAGUGCGGCCGCCAAAGUGCUGCAGCAGCAGCAGCAGACGCUGGCCAAUGCGCGACAGCAGCAGCACUCGUACGGCAGGGCAGCGCUGGCGUACAUGCCACAGGCGGUGCACUCGAACGCCACUUACAACAAUCACUCGAGCGACGAGAACAGCUCCGUGGGCAGCGACUCGAGCAGCACGAUCAAGGAGGAGCCCAUCGAUCCGGAGUACCGCAGGCAUCUGCAGGAGUCGGUCAGCAGCCAGGCGGCAGCGGCGUUCAUCAACAACAGCAAUGGACUCUACAAUGCGUACCAGGGCAACCCGCUGGGCGGCAGCAACAACAACAACAGCAGCAGCAACAACAGCAGCAACAGCAGCAACAACAACAGCUCGGCGAACAGCAGCGCGGCGCAGUUCACCAAUCUGACGACGGCGAAUGUCCUGGCACAUCACAGCCUGCCGCACCUGGCGGCCAACGCACAGCAACUGCUCAAGCAUCACACAAAGCUGCAACAGUCGCAGCAGCACCACGUCCAGCAGCAGCAGCACGCACAGCAGCAGCAGCACCGCAAGCACAGCAACAAGCACGUCGACAAGGGCACCGAGGAGUACCGGAGGCGCCGCGAACGCAACAACAUCGCCGUGCGCAAGAGCCGCGAGAAGGCCAAGGUGCGCUCGAAGGAGGUGGAGGAGCGCGUCAAGUCGCUGCUGAAGGAGAAGGACGCGCUGCUGCGCCAGCUGAGCGAGAUGACCAAUGAGCUUUCGCUGCACAAACAAAUCUACAUGCAGCUCAUGAAUCACACGAACCCCGAAGUGAGUCGCGUCUGCCGCAGCUUUCUCAACACGAACGAACAUGCGCUGUAGCUGUGAUGAGUAACCUGAGCGAACGAGCGGGAGAUUUGAAGGGAGAGAUGCAAAGAGAGAGAGAAAGAGAGAGAAGAGCGCGGAGCGAGUGCGAACAGAGCCUGUACAUUAGUGUGAUUGGGUGUGUGUAUGUGUGUGCGUGUGCGACUGAUUCAAUUAAAGCUGUGUGGGUAGCAUACAAGCCCAAGGAUGUUAAGCAAGCAACGCCGGCAGCGACCAGCCCCAAGCAGGACUUGCCCUGUGCCCAAGCAAGCAAUCGCCUCAAGCUGCUGUGGCUGUUGACUCCUUGACUCGACUCGUAUAUCUAUUACUUUGUUAACUUCUCUCCACGUCUAAUGCAACUGUUGCUACAGCUGUUUCUUCUAUUUCUACUAAUAAGCCUACUUCUACUUAUAUGCCCACUUCUACCCUCCUAUAUUUUCUACGCUGCCUUUGGCAUUCCUUCUAUUGUACAUUAUUUUGGCUGGGAGUUUCUUAUACUACUUUCUGUGCGAUUGUUACCAAUGCUUCUUCUUCUAUUUUGUACUUAAUUUUAAUAAAUUGUAAAAUACUUUUGCACAUUUUUAUACAAAUUAUAUAACAUAGUAUGCAUAAGUUAAGCCAAAGAAAAGAAAAUGUUAAAUAUUUAUAUAUACAUAUAUAUAAAUAAAUAAAUACAUAUAUAUGUAAAACAAAA